AUGGUGUGUAAGGUAGCGCCAAAGACCAGUAAUCCAUCUCAGAGAGUUAAUGGGGAGUCACAAGAAACACCGCUGGAAAUUGCUGAUUUUGAAACUGCGUUAGACACAGCCGGUUAUGGCCGCUUCAGUCGCAGCGUCCUAGGGGCGUGCGCUUGCGCGUUCUUCACUACAGGCGUGCAGAACUGCGUGAUGUCUUACGUACUUCCUGCUGCGCGUUGUGAGCUCCAACUGACCACGUACCAGGCUGGAUUAAUUAACAUGGCUUUUAUGAGUGGUGGCGUAGCGUCUGCAUUUUUCUGGGGCAUUGUAGGAGAUGUUUUUGGCAGAAAAAAUAUACUCAGUAUCACACUCCUCGUAGAUUCUGCUCUAUUGCUGGCCCAGAGUACUGUAACGGACUACAGAUUGCUUUUAGCUGCUAGAUCUAUUAACGGAUUUUUAAUUGGUGCGCCUUCCACACUGGUGUUCACAUAUCUAUCUGACCUGGUUGGUGUUAAGAGACGCCAGUUUUAUUUGGACAUAGUUGGUAUGAGUUUUGUCGCGGCUUGGCUCAUAUUACCAGCUGUAGCAUGGCUAGUCAUUCCUUUCAACGUUGGAGCAUCAACAAUCUUCCCCACUCAUUCCUGGAGGCUGUAUAUUGCUGUUGGAAGCAUACCCGGGUUCAUAGCAGGCCUUUGGUUGAUCUUCUUGCCCGAAAGCCCUAGACUUUUGACUGAUACAAAUAGAGCUGAUGAGGCUUUGAUCAUUUUGAAGCAUAUCAACAAGAAGAAUAAUGGUUCUGAGACUCAGUUUAAGAUAAAGAAGAUAAUUCAAGACAACAUAUUUGUGACUAAAUCUCUAAGCGGAGAAGAGAGUAGAACCAAAGCAUUAUUUGUAAGCGUACUGAAAGAUCUGAAACUGUUUGUAUCCAAGGCAUACGCAAUGAAGUCUUCUCUUAUUUUAUUCAUUUUCUUCGCGAAUAUGGCAGCUGGUUUCGGCCUCAACCUUUGGAUCCCAGAAUUGCUUCUUCGAAUGCAAGGCAAGGACUGUAAAUCAUCAUUACCUGAGCCAGCCAAACUGUUCAAUGCUACCAACAUAGCUUGGAAAGAUUUGCCUAAAAUUUACGAUAAUUUCGCUACCGAAGUGGACAGGUACAAUGGAAGUACGAAGCUUGAAGACUCUCGCGAACCGUGUCACGGGGGUAUAGACGAAUCUGUUUUUACUUCUGGCUUAAUUGUGGGGGCUUGCUGUGUCCUUGGGAACGCAGCGUGUGCCCUAAUAUCCUCCCGUGGUGGGGGCCAGGGGGUCAAAAGGGCCGCUACCAUUUGCACAUUAGCUUGCGCACUCGCGUGUGCCUGUUUGGCAGCCUGUGUGUGUGCAUGUACUGCGUCAAGUAAAAUUGCUGUUGCGGCGGCUGCAGCAUUGAAUGCUGCAUCAUUAAACGGCAAUGUCCUGCUUAUAAGGCUGUUGUUACAUGCGCUACCAGCGAAACUAAGUGGUCUCGGAGUUUGCUGGGGUGCGUGGUGGGGUCGCGCUGGAGGAGUUGCCUCCAACCUUGCUGUGGGUGUGUUGCUUGACUACUCCUGCCCAGCACCGUUCGUGUCGGUUGCUGCAUUACUAGCACUAUCCAUUGGUGGCAUAAUGAUGAUAAAACUAGAAGAGACGAAGGACCAAGAAGAAAAGACGGAUACAGAUAAAACAUUCGGCUUAGAACGAUACAUAUCAACACAUAUGUAG